UAAAAUCCAUUUUUAAACAUCCCUAUAAAAAAAGAAGAAGAAUAAGAUUAAUCAUUUGAAUAUGAUUAAUAAAAAACUUAAUUAACAUAAUAUCUUACAAAUAUAAAAUAAGUAAAAGAAACUUAAAAUAUACCAAUAGAUAAAAAACUUGAGUUAAAAACCUAAAACAAUAUAUUACUUUAAUCAAUAAAAAUGUAUUAACAAUAUUUAAAUUAGCUAGAUUACGAAGAAUUAAAAUUAAAUGAUUAUAAUAAAACAUUAUUUAACUAAAUAAAUGAAAAUGUAUAAAAAAUAAACAGUAUAGACUAAUAAACAAAAGAAAUAAAAAACAAAUUCGAAAAAGAAACCGAAGAAAUAAUAACCAAAUAAAAUCUAUAAUUAGAAAACAAAACAGUAUUAAUUCAAAAGCAAAAAAAUAUUAUUUAAAUUCUUAAUCAAAAUAGAUAAAUUGUUUUGCAAAAAUAAUAAAGCAAUUAAUAAUAAGAAAAUAAUUUAAAUUAAUUAAAAUCUUCCUAUGAAUAGGGUUUCAAGUUAAAAAAUAAAAUUUAUGAUUAAAAUAUAUUAACUAAAUAAAAAAUCUAAGAAAACUAAAUAACUCCUUAAUUAGAAUAGUAUUUAUUUUAAAUUACUUAGUAAAAAUAAAACUUAAAUGAAAAGCUUUAAACUUUAAAAGGCAAUAUUAGAGUUUAUUGUAGAAUAAGGCCUUUAAAUGAACAAGAAAUUUAAAAAAUAGAAUCUAAUAAAUAAAAUAAUUAAGAAUACAAAUAUGAUUAAGAAAAUUAAAACGAAUAAAUUAUAUAAACUUAAAAUUCACAUAAUUUGAAAUUAUUAGUUCCUUAAAGUCAUAUAAAAUCUCAAAACAAUAUAAAAAGUUAUUCUUUUUAAUUUGAAAAUAUCUUUGACGAAUUCUCUUCUUAAUCUGAAAUUUUUUCUAAUUUAUAAGAGUUAAUAUAAUCAGUAUUGGAUGGGUAAAAUGUAUGUAUUUUUGCAUACGGACCAACAGGCACAGGAAAAACAUAUACGAUGUAAGGUGAAGAAGAAUAUUAAAAAUGGGGGAUAAUCCCCCGUUCGAUUGAAUAUAUAUAUUAAGAAAUGGAAAAGAUGAAAGCAUAUGAUUGGAAUUAUGUAAUAAAAAUAAGUUUGAGUGAAAUAUAUAACGAAAUAUUAUAAGAUUUAUUACAUAAAGAUGGAAAAAAAGAAGAAGUAAAAGAGAUAAAAAUAGAAAAUGGCCCUUAAUAAAUAAUGUAACUUUUAAAAAUUGGAUAUGAAAAAAGAAAGACUUCCGAAACUCAUUGUAAUGAUUAUAGUUCACGAUCUCAUUGCAUUUUUCAAAUGAAAAUUGACGGUUAUAAUUCUAGAAAAGGAGCUAUUAAUGGAGACUAACCAAUUAUUAAAGGCGCUCUUAACUUAAUUGAUUUAGCUGGAUCAGAAAGAUUAUCUUUAUCAAAAGCAGAAGGAGAAAGGUUAAAGGAAACUCAAAAUAUAAAUAAAAGUUUAACCGCUUUAGGAAUGUUAUUACAAGUUUAUCUAAUAAGAAAGCUUUAUACCAUAUAGAAACUCUAAUUAACUUAUUAUUUAUAAAUUAUCUUGGAGGAAUUCUAAAACUCUUAUGAUGGUGAAUAUUUCACCUUGCUAUUAAGUUUUCAUUAAAAUUUACGUACUUUAAAGUUCGCUGAAAAAGUUAAAUUUUGCAAAAAUAAUAAUUAAAGGUAUUAGGAUAAUAAUAGUAGCUCACCUUAUAGUAGGUUUAAUAGUUUUUAUAUUGCUUAAAGAGAUAAUAAUUUUUUAGGUAAAAAAUAAGAACCGCCUUUUAAAAAUUCACUUGCUCCUACUUCUUUAAGAAAUACAGCUUUUGGUUUUUCUGCUAAUAAAAAAUGA